CUCAGUUGCCCUCGCUGGCGUCCCGGAUGCGGCCAUCAGCCCCACUUCCCGCCCUCGACUCGUGGAACCGGCCUGAACCCGAAACCCCUCCUCCGGGGCGCCGGGAUUUCCUCGGGCGGCCUGGGGGAGGGGCGGGGCGGUCGCCGGCGGAUUCCCCAGACGCCAGCUGGCGGGGAGUGGGUGGGGCCCAGCUCUUGUUCGGAGCUGGGGAGCCUCUAAAGGGCGGGAAGAACCCCCCUCCCCGAGGGUUCCGGUGCCAUUCCUGGGCCCGUUCUUUUGGCCUUGGGGGAGAUGCCAGCGAGCGGUGGGUGGGUUAGGCUCGGUCCCCUCCUUCUCUCACUGGGGGUGGAGGCCCUCCCCUUCAGAAAUGAGAGCCCCCGUUGUAGGCAGAUUGUGGCGUUCUUUGGCCUCGGGCUGUUCAGUGGCACCUGAGAACCUGCUGUGGGGCGGUUGGGACGCGAACCUGAGUCCUGUGCUGAAACCCGCCCGCCAGCCAUUCUUACCCAGGAGCUACGAGUGGUGGCCACUCUGGUUUUAACUAGCCGGACACCCAUCCGUGAGGAUUAUAAAUAUAAAAUGUGUGGAAAAUGGAAAGCGUAACAUACUAAGUGAACAAAGCUGAGCACAGUUGGGGCCUAGACGUGCCAACAGGACCCUGGCGGCAGUUUCAGUGUCCCACAGAUAAAGAUAGAGAAAAUGAAAAAGAGAAAAAAUCAGUGAUCUGUGUUGAGGGCAAUAUUGCAAGUGGGAAGACGACGUGCCUGGAGUUCUUUUCCAACACAACAGACAUUGAGGUGUUAACGGAGCCUGUGCCCAAGUGGAGAAAUGUCCGAGGCCACAAUCCUCUGGGGUGGGCCCAGCAAACGGGCUGUGAUGUGCCUGUGCCCCUCCCACCUCCUUCCCUGUUCAGAAGGCUCAGCUCUGGCUGCUUGAAGAGGGUCUGAUGUACCAGGAUGCCUGUCGAUGGGGCCUCACACUGCAGACGUACGUGCAACUCACCAUGCUGGACCAGCACACUCGUCCACAGACGUCGCCUGUACGGUUGAUGGAGCGGUCGAUCCACAGCGCGAGAUACGUUUUUGUAGAAAACUUGUAUAGAAGUGGGAAGAUGCCAGAGGUAGACUACGUGGUCCUGUCGGAAUGGUUUGACUGGAUUGUGAGGAACAUCGACGUGUCCAUUGACUUGAUAGUGUAUCUCCGGACCACUCCUGAGACCUGUUACCAGAGGUUAAAGAUGAGAUGCAGAGAGGAGGAGAAGGUCAUUCCCCUGGACUACCUGGAUGCUAUUCACCACCUGUAUGAGGAGUGGCUCAUCAAAGGGAGCCUGUUCCCUGUGACGGCGCCUGUUCUGGUGAUUGAGGCUGACCACAACAUGCAGAAAAUGUUAGAACUCUUUGAACAAAACCGGCACCGAAUACUAACUCCAGAGGAUCGGAAGCUUGGGCCAUAGGAUGGGGAAGACCGUGCCAGAGAAAUGCCCACUGCUGCCAACUUAGCUCUCAGGAGCAAUUUGGAAAAAUCCACUUUCUGGAGGGCUUUCUAUCUGGCCACAUUUGUCUUCCUAAUGGUCUUCUCUCCUUUGCCGGUGUCUUUAUCCUGGGAUUCUAGCCCUCAUGGGUAAAUGACAUAGUGGGACCAAUGGGUUUGUCGUUCCCUUUGGUGUCGCAGCCUUGCAUUCUCCUGGUGCUGCCCCCUGGUGGUUUUGCGCCGCUGGAUCCCUCUAAGUUAGGGAAGAGCCACCUGACUUACGCUGGGCUCGUGGUCUCUAUCCCUUCAGAACAUUCAGGAAGUUGAGGUAGUGGUACAUCCCAGGGGAGGAAGUUGGAAGCUCAAACAGGCUAAGGGACUCCCCGGGGUCACACAGCCAGUGACAGGGGAGUUAGCACCAUUCAGACUUUUGGCAGCUUCCAAAUGAUCUCUUGCCCCAGGCUGCCUCCUCCCGAGAGCCCUGCCUUCCCUGCUGGAGACCUUCACACGUGGGGGGGCCAGCAGUGCGUGCAGCCAGCGUCAUCAUUUUCUCAUGAUUUGAACAGUUCUUGAGAACAGUUAGCAUUUCUAGGCUUUCACAAAAUGAUGCCGUGUUUGGCUUGAGCCCAGCGUUCAGUGGUUCCCUAGCAGGAGGCUGAUGUGGCACUUAGCACCUCACCAUCAGGACUUCCCCGGCCUUAAGAGAGUCAUGGUUUGCUCCUGAAUGGUGCUCAGUCUCCUUGGUGAUGAAGGUCCUGCUUGAGCUGCUGCCGAUUCCCCGUCAGGGCAAUGGCUGGUGGCCCUGGCUUGUGUGCCCAGUGCUGCACUGGGGCGGGGGGCUGCCAGCCUGGCUUCUGAGGCUCCCUUCCUCCGUAGUGGCCUUGUGAGAGGAGCUUCACCCUUGGAAUUCCUGGGAGUUUGUGGCUCAGGGGAGAGACACAAGUGGGCUGAAGUCUUUUUGAAGUGUUUUUCCAUCCAAAGGGACACCGUGGGCCGUAGAGCUUGAACCAUCUUUAUUAGUUCAGAGAGUAUCUUAGCUGUGCUCAGCUGUAACAAUGCAUUGAAGACACGGCUGUCUCCUGAGUCAAGUAGGAAGCAAGAAAAAGGAAGGACAUUCUCUUCAGGGACAGUCUGGACAGGAAAGUGAGGGCUUGCAAGCAAAGGCUCUUGGAGCACUGGAGCUCCUGAAUUUUGGAGGUGGGUGGAGAGAGCUUCCAGAAGGCUGUUUGCACACACGGGGAAGGAUUCAUUAUGAACUUGGGGGAAAACGGGCCUUGGCCUCUCCCGAGCGGUGAUUGGUGUACCUGAAGGUGGAAGGCCUCGUCCCAGCCUCUGUGUGAGUGUGGCCGCCUGUGCGUGCAGCUCUCUGAUGCUAAAUAGCAGACUGGUGGCCCUGGUGGCCCGGGCCCAGAGGCAGCGCCAGGAGGCAGCGCCAGCACUCUGGCUCCCGGCCCCUCCUGGCUGGACUGACUCCUGGGCCGUGUGUGCAGGGUAAGGACGGCAGCCCGGUGGGGACGUAUCUCUCAGCGCAGAUGUCAGUGAUGGACCAGAAACCUGGGGGAGGCAAAGCCUCUGCUACCAGGCAUCUGGACAUGCUGGGACCAUCUUUGGGACUUCGCAAACAAACGGUCUAGUUUUCCCCAUAGCUCAAUUUGAGCAUCUGUCUUGGGGGAAAUGUGAUUAAAAAGAAACAAACAAAAAAAACUUGCUCUGUGAUAGCCAAUAAAUCCUUCACUGAAAACCUGA